AUGGCUUCGUCACCGGCAUUGUUUACUGCCUCGCGCAGCCAGACACUAACUUAUCUAUUGGCGGUGUGUCCCUUCUCCAUCGCCUUCCUAGUUUUCAUCAAUUCAUCCAUCUCCUUCGUGGUAACUGAUCUAAUUGGACUUCAUGAUGGAGAGGGCGAUGCUGUGGGAACCCUGGGCUUCGCAGAUGAGCUCCUUGCUCUAGCCGCCUGCCCACUUUGGGGUGUUCUCUCAGACCGCAUUGGAGUUCGACAUGUAUGUACUGCAGGCUAUGCUAUCGUAGCCCUCGCAUUAGUCCUCUUCGUGCAGGCCACGAAUAUCUACCCUCAGCUUCUUCUGGGUAGGUUGCUAUUCAGUAUUGGUGGCUCUGCUGUCUCGACUAUGGUCACCGCUGUAUUACCAACCGUCACUGGCAAACCCCUUGAUACUCAGGCAUACCGUGCAUCUGUUUCCUCAGAGCUGACCAUCACACCGGAGCGUGCCCGAAAUGGUUACAACCUGAGGGAUGUCGGUAAUCCCGGCGCAUCCCCAUCCGCUCGACUCUCAGGCUUCGUUGGGAUGUGUGCCGGUUGUGGUGCUCUGGUGGCACUGGCCGUCUUCCUGCCGCUUCCAGCUCGAUUUGAAAAGGGAGGGUUGACACCCGCUCAGGCGAUCCAACGCAGCUAUUACCUGGUCGCCGUUAUUUCUCUUGUCAUUAGUCUUGUGUGCUUUAUCGGAAUGCGUGAUCUUCCAGGCGACAAGGGCAAAAGUUGGAGUGCCCUUUGGAAAUCAGACCCAUGUUAUGACGAAGAUGACGAGGACUUGGAUAUCCCAAAGCUGCCAUAUUGGAAGCAACUAACAACUGCCCUAUUUCUGGGCUUCCGAAAUCGCGACAUUGGCCUGGGCUACGUCGGAGGCUUUGUGGCCCGAGCCUCCUCUGUGGGGAUCUCACUGUUUAUCCCACUGGCCGUCAAUCACUACUAUCGGGCAUCGGGUCUUUGUGACGAAGCACAGCCGAUACAUGGAUCCGGAGUGGGCGAUAUCAAGAAAUCUUGCCCACGCGCAUAUAUCGUUGCCUCCAUCUUAACCGGUGUAUCUCAAUUGGUUGCUUUGAUUUCGGCCCCAGCGUUCGGGUAUCUGACGGACAAGUCGCGUCGGUACAACUUCCCACUCCUCUUUGCCGCCUUGGUGGGAAUCAUUGGGUACCUAGUAUUUGCCAAGCUUCCAAGCCCUCUGUUCAAAGGACCCGAUGGUAGUCUAGGGGUAUUUGUUGUGAUGGCUUUAAUGGGAAUCAGCCAGAUCGGAGCAAUUGUUUGCAGUUUGGCAGUGCUCAGCAACGGUAUUCUGCGCGUCAGUUUCGACGAUGAAACGUUGAGAAAAAUAUGUGAUGAGCAACGCGCCGCGGCGCGCCAGGACGCCGAGCCUGGUGAGGAUCAGCCUCUUCUGGGCGGAGCCGUCAACCACCGACUGGAACGUCUGUCGCAUUUGAAAGGAUCCAUAGCGGGCGUGUACUCGUUGUAUGGCGGGGCAGGUAUCCUACUGCUCACCAAAGUGGGUGGACUCUUAUUUGAUGUGUUGUCGUCAGGCACCCCAUUUUAUAUUAUGGCCGGCUUCAAUGGCGUGCUGCUUACCACGGGACUUGUGUGUGGGGGUCUUAAUCAUUUUGGGGCGCUAAGAGGGAGUCGGUGA